CUCACCCGGUUUUUUUUUAUUUUAUUUUGAUUGGCAAUUGUUGAACCAACCAGGCAGCUUGGAGCAGAUAUAAAACAGGGAUAGAUUCAGGUGAUCUAACAUAUCACACACUGCAGCCAUGAGGUCCCUGGUCUUUGUUCUGCUGCUUGGAGCUGUUUUUGCCACAGAGGAUGACAAGAUUGUCGGUGGGUAUGAGUGCACACCCCACUCCCAGCCCCAUCAGGUGUCUCUGAAUGCUGGAUACCACUUCUGCGGUGGCUCACUGGUCAACGAGAACUGGGUUGUGUCCGCUGCUCACUGCUACAAGUCUCGUAUUGAGGUGCGUAUGGGAGAACACCACAUAGGACUCACUGAGGGUAGCGAGAAGUACAUUAGUGCUUCCAAGAUCAUCAGACACCCAUAUUACAAUCGCUACACCCUUGAGAAUGACAUCAUGCUGCUAAAGCUGAGCAUGCCCGCCACCCUCAACCAGUAUGUGCAGCCCGUGUCUCUGCCCAGCAGCUGUGCUCCCGCUGGCACCAUGUGCACAGUCUCUGGAUGGGGCAACACCAUGAGCUCCACUGCUGACAGCAACAAGCUGCAGUGUCUGAACAUCCCCAUCCUCUCUGAUGAGGACUGUCACAAUUCCUACCCCGGCAUGAUUGACAACACCAUGUUCUGUGCUGGAUACCUGGAGGGAGGCAAGGACUCCUGCCAGGGUGACUCUGGUGGCCCCGUUGUGUGCAACGGUGAGCUGCAGGGCGUUGUGUCCUGGGGCUACGGAUGUGCUGAGAGAGACCACCCUGGUGUCUAUGCCAAGGUCUGUGUGCAAACUGAGUGGCUGUACAGCACAAUGGCCAGCAAUUAACUCCCCCCUACCGCUACAUCAGACAACCAGGCAUGACUGACUGUCCAAAUGACAACUUUGUUUUUGCUGGAGCUGAAGAAAUAAAGUGUUUGAAAUGAA